UUCUCCCUGCUGCGCUCACUGCCGUCCUCUCUUCCUCCGCCACUCGCCUCUUUUUCUUCAGUUUCCUCGCCCUCCGCUCCCAUUUUUUUUUUCGGCCACGACCCACCUCGUGGAUUUCCGUCUCCGGGAAACCUGUCGGCUUGUCGUGACUCGUCGGUUCUUUCGCUGCAGGAGGAAGAGAAGAGAGAGAGAGAGAGCGGGAGGAAGAUGGGAAAGGGAGAGAGAGAGAGAGAAUCUGAGACGGACCAAUCGAUUCGUCUGAUACAGAGGAGCGAGGCAUUUGAGAGAGGAGAGGAGAGGCGGUAGCAGCAUUUUUCCAUCACGUUUUGGCUCCAGAGGACAUUUUCUUUGGCUCGCGUUGGGGUCAUCUGAAGCAUUUGAUUCGCGUCCUUCCCUUAGAAGGAGAGGAGAGACAAUCAAGGAGACAGCUGUUGCAGUUUUGACACAUCAAGGACGCUUCUUUCCUUCCCUCUUUAGCCAAAAACGGUGAACAUUCGGGGACUUGGCAGGAGGACCGCCGCAUACGAAUGAGAAAUUCAAUGUUUACAAAAUAAUUUAUCUCCACUCUGAAUGAUAAUGCUGGACAACCAUUGCUUGUCCUUUGAGCCCUCCCCCCCGGGCUCUUCUCCAAUGGGAGACGACAUGGAGAAGGCAGGACUGAUGAUGCAGCACGACAGACUCGUCUAUUACAGCCUGAAAGAAGUCCUCCAGCUCAAACUCCAGCAGAGACGCACACGGGAGGAACUGGUCAGCCAAGGGAUCAUGCCACCACUGAAGAGCCCGGCAGCCUUUCACGAGCAGCGGAGGAGUCUGGAGCGAGCGAGGACCGAGGACUACCUGAAGAGAAAGAUCCGGAGUCGUCCCGAGCGUUCCGAGCUGAUCAGGAUGCACAUCCUGGAGGUAUGCUCCGCAGAGACGUCGGCGGAGCCGUCGCUGCAGGCCAAGCAGCUGCAGCUGAAGCGAGCGCGGCUGGCCGACGACCUCAACGACAAGAUCUCCCACCGACCCGGGCCCAUCGAGCUGGUGCACAAGAACAUCCUGUCUGUGGACGGCCAAGUGCACUCACCGCCGGAUUCUCAGAAGGGAGAGAGCUCGUCUUUAGACGAAGACAGCAGCGACGCGCUGUCGCCGGACCAGCUGACCAAUCACGACUCUCCCCCGAGUGCCAUCGCUCAGCCGUCCCCCUCCGACGGGAACGUGUCCUCCGCACAGUUCAUCACACCGUCGCCUCCUCCUCCUCUUCCUCCUCCUCCGCCACCGCCUCCUCCUCCCCAGGUGAAUGGGUCAGACUCCUCCCCAUUCACAAAUGGGACGAUGGUGACCUUAACAAACUCCCGCCCCUCCACUGGACAUGUCAAGUCUCAGUCUAAGAUGAGUUCAGACCGUCCUUCACAGAGAUCCAAGAAACCAAAGGACAGCAAACCCAAGGUGAAGAAGCUGAAGUACCACCAGUACAUCCCUCCGGACCAGAAGGCCGAUAAAGAGCGUCCGCUGGAGAUGGACUCGUCCUACGCCAAGCUCCUCCACCAGCAGCAGCUUUUCCUGCAGCUGCAGAUCCUCAACCAGCAACAGCAGCACUAUAACUACCACACCAUCCUGCCCGCCCCCCCCAAGCCGACGACCGAGCAGCAUCCGACAGCAAACUCUGGCCCCUCCCCCUCCCGCAGUGUUCCCACGACGACCACGCCCGUCCCCUCCAAUCAGAGCGGGGCUGCCCGGCAGAGUCAAACUGCAGUGGGAGGAGCCAAACCAGGCACUCUGCCCGCCAACCUGGAAGAGUUCAAAGUCGCCGAGUUAAAACAGGAACUGAAGUUGCGUAGUUUGACCGUCUCGGGCACCAAGAGCGAUCUGAUCGAGCGGCUCCGCAACUACCAGGAGAUAAAUGGCGGCGCCGCGGCGGUUUUGAAAAAUGGCAACCUGCAGGGCGUGAUCUCAGCCGCCGGCGCCGUCACGUCCUCUCCGACCACAACCACCGCCGCCGACCACCAAUUCAGAGAGGGCGGGUUUAAGUUGGACCUGUCGUCGUUGGCUCAGGUGAUUCCAGGACGGGUCAUGCGAUUCGGCAGCACCAGCUCCAGCCCUCCGAUGUCGCCCACUCCCUCCGAGAGGUCGCUGGCCGGGAUGAGUCCGGAUGAGACGAGCUGUAAUGGAGACAUGUUCGGAGAGAUGGUGAGCUCUCCCCUGACCCAGCUCACUCUGCACCCUUCUCCUCAGCACCCGUCGAACAUGUCUCCGCUCUCCAAGGUCAAAGAGGAGACGCAGAGCUCGUGCAGCCUUUCCAGGCCUUCGCCCGGCUUGUGUCAGCCUCCGGAGCCCCUGUGUGGCGUUGCCAUGGAUACGUCCUCUUUUGAAAAGGACCAGAUGCUCCAGGAGAAGGACAAGCAGAUUGAGGAGUUGACCCGGAUGCUGAGGCAGAAGCAGCGGCUGGUGGAGACCCUCCGGUCCCAACUGGAGCAGGGCAAGACGCCCGGCGUGGGGAUCGUGUUGAAGAGGGAAGACAGUGAGAAGAGUAGAACCCCAGAGGUUAAACUUCAAACUCUGAUAAAAGCCUCUGCCAUUCAGCCCCCCACUCUGCCCAACGGCAUCGUGGUGAAGGUGAAGAAGGAGGCGGAGCCCGAGGAGGGGAUGGAGGGAGUAACGGAGGGGCUGCAGGCAAAGAAAGCGGCGCAGCCGAUGCAGUGCUCUCAGGAGACUCUGCUCAGGCUGCAGCAGAUUCAUCGGCUGCAGCUCCAACAGGCCGAGCAGCAGAAACAGACACUGCAGCUCAAGCAGCAGCAACUGCAGAGAGCGGCGGAGGCCGUGUCCAACCCUCAGAAGCUCCAGCAGCAGCAGCAGAAGAAAGAGGCCCACGUCCUGCUCCAGCAGCAGCAGCAGCUGCAGCAACUCAUCAUACAGCAAACUCAACAGAAACAGCUCCAGGCGCAGCAGAAACUCAGUCAACAGAAGCUGGCGCAGCUCAAACAAACUCAAGGGCCGGUUCAACUAAGCCAACAGAAGAACCAGGUUCAGCUGAAGCAGGUUCAGGUUCAGAUCCAGAGGCCUUCAGGGACCCAGACCCAGCACAGGAAGCAGCUGAGGGCUCAGCAGCGGCAGCAGGAGAGGCGACCAACGGCAGCUGUCGCCACGCAACAGGCGAGCCCAGUCUUUACCAACCCACAGAACGGCACUCUGAUCCAAACUCAGGCUCUUUCGUUGGACCUCCUCAAGGCCAAUGGCACACCGACACUCGUCACCGACAGCAACGGCAACCACUACCUGAUCGCUCUCACCGGCCACACCGCGGACGGACAGAACGGAGGCUCCUCAUUGGCCAAAGCCAACGGCCGCAUCACACUGCAGAGGUUGCAGUCGACUCCAAGUAAACUCCCCAGCACUGACAACCAAUCAAAGGAGCCACCAGAGGCCGAGCCAAUCAAAAAGGGACUGAAGGGAGGACUCCACCUGGACACCAACGGCGUCCCUCAACCCAACCUCUCCGUCACCGCGCCGCCCAACCUGCAGCCUUUCUUUGAAGACAUGUCGGACGGGGAAAGCCAAAGCAACUUAAUCUCGUCGCUCAAGAGAGAGGAGGCGUGUCCGCCGUAUGAUCGGCACACACUGUUCACCCCUCCCUCUCCCAAACCCAACGCCUCCCUUCCUACUCAACGCUCUAAACAGGAGAAUGGCAUCAACAGUCAGCAAAUGGACGACCUGUUUGACAUCCUGCUCAAGAGUGGAGAAAUCCCCGGCUUCAAGGCCACCCCGGACCCGUCCCUCGCCCCUCUCCUCUCCGGACCACCCUCCCCGCCCUCUCCUCCGUCUCCCCUCCACCUCUCCCCUCCUUCCCCUCCCGAGCCUCUCGUCUCCCCGCGGCCUCCCGCCGGCGGGCCGUGCGUGGGCAGCGGACGCCUGGAAGACUUCCUGGAGAUCACGACGGGCGGCCCCCUGCUGGGCGUGGAGCCCGGCGGCGGCCUGACGCUGAUCCACGACCUUCACAGCCAGAUGCUGAGCACGCCGAGCAUCCUGGACCACCGCUCCUCCCCGAUGGACAUGUGCGACCUCGGCUUCUCCCCCCACUCCGCGGGGCUGGACUUUUGCGACCCCACCCUGGACAGCAUGGACUGGCUGGAUAUCUCCAUGGUGGGGGGCGGCGGCGGCGCAGGCGGAGGAAGAGGCGGAGCCGGCGACGGAGACGGCGGAACGAGCCUGGCGCCGCUGGCGCCGCACACUCCACCCAGCGUCUUCUCGACGGAUUUUCUGGACAGCUCGGACCUGCAGCUGCACUGGGAGUCGUGUCUGUAGCCCCGCACACACACACACACACACACACACACACACAGGGUGUACAGGCGCCGCCUUCAUUUCAUGCACAUAUAGAAAUCUUUUUCGAUGCUGUCUCCACCACCGCGGUGGGGGUCACUGGCACACGCACACACACUGUCGCCCCUGUCUUACACUGUUACUGCACGCAGGACGAGGAGAACAAAGAAACAUAGAGCUUCACUUCAUAGAAGGGACUUGAACUUCUUAUGUCAUUCUAUGGGGAUCCGGUCAUCUCCAGAUUAAAGAGACGGAGCUAGAAGCUGCAUGUCCCUGUAGCCGGGCCCUCCUCGGUGUUGCUGAGGAGGGGCCCGGCGUUCCCUCGGGGCCCCUCCACACAGCGGAGGGGGCCAGUGCCUCCUAAACUUUGCACUUAUGCUGAAUCCGAUUGGUUGAAAGGGGAGCGGGUGUUCGGGUCAACAGCCCUAUCAGAACGCUGUGUGAGUGGAAGCUCCCUCAGUCAGCUGAGCCAUUAAGAGUGAGACCCAGUCACCUGACCCCCCCCACCCCACACACACACACACACACACACACUCACACUCGUCAACGAUCACGAUCGUCAUGUUGGCCGUUGCUGUUGAGAGGAACCAUAUCAGCAGUGAGCUGCCGCCUCGUGGAGGUCGUGUGUCAGCGGUGACAUCACGGUCGACCACUCCGUUUAUGGGGUGUAUAUUAUCAACCGUUCAUAUGAAUAGUUUUUUCUUUGCUCGUUGCUUUUUGAGUGGAGCUGGCGAGGGGGGGGGGGGGGGGCUUCCAAAAGAAAAACGUGGACCUCGUUAUUUUUCUUUUCUUCUUUUUUUAAGAAAAAAAAGUUUCAAAAAAUAAAUAUAUUAUAAAAUCAUAA